AUGGCCCGCCUUAUGGAUGCGAUCAAAAAGGACCACCGAGAGCUUGAAGAAUACUACAACAUUAUCGUGAGCUCCGGAGAUACCGAUGAGCAAAUCCGCUUCCAGAACAAGUUCACCUGGGAACUCGCCCGCCAUGCGAUAGGCGAAGAGCUGGUCGUGUAUCCUGCCCUGGAGAAACAUCUCCGAGAUGGCACUGAGACGCCCGAUAAGGACCGUGAUGAGCAUCAGACGAUCAAAGAAAAGCUUCAAAAGUUCCAGGACAUGCAUCCCUCCGAUCCAGCCUUCAUGCCGACGCUCAAGUCGAUGAUGGCGGACCUGGCCAAGCACAUCGAAGAAGAGGAAACCACUGACUUUGUCAAGUUGGAGAGCGCAAUCACCCCCAAGGAAAGUGAGAGCCUGUCCAAGUCGUUCGGCCGAACGAAGAUGUUCGUUCCCACCCGGUCGCAUCCCAACACCCCGAACAAACCUCCCUUCGAGACGGUGGUAGGGCUGCUGGCUGCACCAAUUGACCAUCUAGCGGAUAUGUUUCGUAAAUGGCCUGAUGAUGUGAUCAAUCCCAAUCCAUCAUCUGAAUAG